CGAAAGCCGCGCGAGUCAGACGUGCAGCUACAUAAAAAAUAAAUACAUUUAACUAAUAAAAUAAAAUAAUCAUAAAACAAAAUCGAACACUAAACCGCAUUCAAAGUGCACUUGGCUAAAAAAACAAAAAACAACAAAAAAGUAAACAAUGGAAUGGAAAAUAUGAAAGUGUUUGCGAAUAAUUAGCACAUCGAUGCUUGUCUGACCCACAUCUGGGCAAAUUGGGCAAAUCUAUAAUUCAUGGGGUCGGCUUAGCAGGACACGGAUUUCAAUUCCUGGCCUCCCGGCCUCUUUGCAUAUGUAAAUACAUAAAGGGCUUAAUCUGCAGGCGAUUGGGCGGCAAACACGUGCUAAACUGUGCCAAACAUAGCCCGCAAACAUCCAAAGGCAAAUCAACCAAAAAGUGUAUCUGUGCAUGUGUAUCUGUGUAUCCAUGAAUUCUGACCAAAAAUCAAUUACUAUUUAUUACACGAACAUGCUGCAGCGACUGUAACAACAACGCAACCAAAAAACAAUGCCUCAAUCAGCUUCAACAGCCCCGUGGCUAUGCAAAAUAGCCAUAGCCAUGAUAUUCCUAAUGCUGCAUCCACAUUCCAGCGCUGCCCUGCUCCUCAAGUGUCCACUGCAUCAGAUGCAGCUUCAAAAGAUUGUGGGAUUCCGACCGCCACUUGAUCAUCUAAGCGAGGGAAAUUUGAUCUAUGCACCGCCGCCUGGCAGCAAGUUCAAGGAUCGGGAUAGACGGAGCGGAGAUGCGGAUUGGGAUCGCCGCAACGCAAAUCAGAAUGGAGACCAGGAGCCACCGGCUAGUCAGAUGUGCUGGCGUAUCUGUGACGAGGAUCCCGACUGCAUUGCCUAUGUGCAUCUGUUGGAUACGGACGAGUGUUAUGGAUAUUCCUACUUCGAGCGCACCUCCCGCUAUCUGGCCAUAUCGGGCGAGCUGCCGCUGGUGGCCGAUGCCGAGGCCGUGUUCUACGAAAAAACUUGCCUGAGGGUUCCCGAUGCGUGCAAAGGUCGUCUGUGGGCGCUGACCAAAAUUCCCGGUAGCACGCUGGUGUUUCAGAGCAAGAAGACCAUUUCGCGGCUGGUCACGCGUCGUGAGUGCGCCGAGAGAUGUUUCUUCGAAACCGAAUUCAAAUGCCUCUCCGCCUCGUUCGCCCCCUCGUAUCGGAACAAUCGUGAGCGGUUUCGCAACGAUGUGGGUCGCAGUCCCUCGCCACGCCUGGGCCGAUGCAUGCUGAGCGACAGGGACAAGACCAUUCAGCCAGAUGCCUUCAGGGCGGCGCCCUACGAUGAGGAGUACAUGGAGAACCAGUGCCACGAGCGCGCCAUAGAGAGCGACAACUGUUCGUAUGAGCUCUAUGCCAACAGCAGUUUCAUCUACGCGGAAGCCAAAUAUUUGGGCCUAACCCAAAAAGAGUGUCAGGCGCUGUGCUCGCACGAGUCCAAAUUCUACUGCCAGGGUGUCUCCUUCCACUAUGUGAAUCAGCUCUCCCUCUCCGAGUGCCUCCUACACUCGGAGGACAUUGUCUCACUGGGUCCGCGCAGCCUGAAGCUACGCGAUAACUCUGUCUAUAUGCGACGGGUUAAGUGCCUGGAUGUCCAAGUUUUCUGCACGCGAGAGGAGAUGAGCAUCAGGUACAACCCAAAGGAUUGGUUUGUCGGCAAGAUCUAUGCCAGCAUGCACUCGAAGGACUGCCUGGCACGCGGCACAGGCAACGGCAGUGUCCUGCUGUCGCUUCGAAUUGGCAGCGAGGUCAAAGAGAAUCGUUGCGGAAUACUGCGGGCCUAUGAAAUGACGCAGGCAUACCAGAGAACAUUCAUCUCCGCCUUGGUGGUUAUACAGAACAAUCCGAGUGUGCAGACCCAAGGCGACCGACUCAUCAAGGUGGGCUGCAUCCAGAGCAACGCCACCGCCUCGCUGGGCGUGUCUGUGCGGGACAGCAGUGUGGAUGCCUCGGAGCACAUACCCAGCGCCAUUGCUCUUGAGUCCUCACUGGAAUAUGCCGAGCACAUGUUUCCCCAGGAGGGAGUGGUACACUACAACAGCACAGCUGGACCCCAUCCGCAUCCCAAGAUAACGCUCCAGAUAGUCGAUCUCUCGCACCAGCACGAAACGAAUGAUGUGCAAAUUGGCCAGAAUCUGGAGCUGCAAAUCGUCGCCGAAUACAGCCCGCAUCAGUUGGCCGAGCAUAUGGAGCUGCAGCUGGCGCCUCUGCCGGAUUUCCGAGCGACUUCGCUGGUGGCCAAAACGCAGGAUAACGAGAACUACGUGCUGCUGAUCGAUGAACGCGGCUGUCCCACCGAUGCCAGUGUCUUCCCGGCCCUGGAGCGCGUUCGCACACACGCCAGAAGUAUGCUGCGUGCCCGCUUCCACGCGUUCAAGUUCUCAGGCACCGCCAACGUCAAUUUCGAUGUGAAGAUUCGGUUCUGCGUGGAUCGUUGCUCCCCAAGCAACUGUGUGGGCCACAGCAGUGACACCUGGCAGCGUCACAGGCGUCAGGUGGAGCAGCCGGAGCGGCAGCUGGAGCAGCGGAGAGUGCAGAAUCCCGUGUACAUCUCGACAGUUGUGGAUGUGCUGCCCGAUUCGCCCGCCAACACGUCUACCCGCUCCAUGGGCAACACGAGUGCGCAGGUGGAGCUGCCGCUUAACUACAAUCUUCGCGUUCACGGCCCGGACCAGACCAACGCCAACAGCUACUUGUACGGGGAGCGCGGCGUGCUGCUGAUUGCUGGCAUCGACGACCAGCUGCAUCUGGAUAACGUUUGCAUGAAUCAGAGCCUUCUCAUUGCACUGUUCAUUUUCUGGCUCAUCUGCCAGGUGGCUAUGCUCUUUGGCUGCGGCAUGGUGCUGCAGCGAUACAGGCGAUUGGCCAAGCUGGAGGAGGAGCGCCGGCGGCUGCACGAGGAGUACCUAGAGGCUAGACGCGUCCACUGGGCGGACCAAGGCGGAUACACACUGUAAAUGUCUGGGACGCGUACAAAAUGCAUCUUAAUUUAAUAAACUAAUGCGAAUCUUACAUACAA